AUGGCCAAAUCGAAAAAGGCUCAGCACCGACCCCAGCAAAAGUCAAAGGACAAAAAGGCCGAUCGUCCUCACAAUGGAAAAGCAACCAAAGUCACCAAAAAGAACAACAAGAAUACGGCUGCCAGCAAAGCCGUAGAAGCCAAGACAGGCAAGAAGGACAAGAAAGAUAAGAGCAAGAAAAAGUCAAAGAUGUCUGUCGAGGACUUUUUCAACGGUGGUUUCCAAGACGAUGAUGACGAUCUCGAUAAGGAAUUGGAGAAUAUGGAAAUGAUCGAAGAGCAGCCCGAUGAAGACGUCAGCGACUCUGAGCCCGAACAGCAACAACAACAACAACAGCAGUUGGAUGAGGAUGAGGAUGAUGAAUCGAGCGUCGAUCAAGAAAUGGAGGAUGAAGUUAUGGAGGAAGAUAACCACAUGGAAGAAGAAGAGGAAGAAGAAGAAUCCGAUGAAGAUGAAGAGAACGACGCAAACAGCGAGUCUGCCGAAGAGAAUGCAACAUCCGAUGAUAAUGACGAUGAUGAUGACGAUGAACAAGACACCAAGGAUAGCAGAAAGAAACUUGUCAGUGAUAUUGAAAAGCACAAGAAGGAAUUGGAGAAACUCAAAAAGAGCGAUCCCGAGUUUUACAAGUACCUCCAGAAGGAAGAGAACAACUUGUUGGAAUUCGAUGAAUCAGCCGACGACGUUCCCGAUGAUGAAGAACAAGAGGAUGAUGAAGAUGUUGAUAUGGAUGAUGCCGAAGCUUCAGAAUCCGAGUCCGAAGCAUCUGAUCAAGAAGAAGAACAAGCUGAUCCAUUUGGUGACGACCUUGAGCUCUUGACCAAAAAGAAGGUCGCCGCUAUGAUUGAACAAGUUGACACCAAAAAAUCUUUGCCAGCCAUGAAAAAGUUGUUGCUUGCUUUCAAGACUGCAGCAAGGAUGUCGGAUGAGGAGCAACAGGAAGGCGUAUCUUUUGUCUACAAGAUUCAAGAUCCAAAAGUAUUCAACAUGGUUGUCACUGGUACCAUGCGUUGUGCACCAAUGGUAUUCAAUCAUUUCCUGAAAUCCAACAAGACCCCAAGUGCAUCUCCAAGGUGGCAUGUCGCUGAAGGUGCUAUCAAAUCCUAUCUCACAAAUAUGCUUCAUCUUAUGCGUGGUUUGACGGACUCGGAUAUGUUGUAUUUGGCCACACGUGAAGCUGAAAAGUGCUCAGCCUAUUGGGUUUGCUACCAAAAGAUUGCCAAGGAUUACCUCAAGGUUCUUUUGGAAUUGUGGUCCACUUUUACUUCAUCCGACAACUUGCGUAUCCAAAGUUUCUUAGCCAUUCGAUCGUUGGCAGUGGCACGUGUCCACAAAGGCAAACCCAACACCUACCUCGACUUGUGUCUUAGAAACAUUUAUCUCACCUUUGUCCGCAACUGCAAGGGCACCAACGAACACACUCUACCCAGCAUCAAUCUCAUGCGUAACUUGGCAACACAACUCUAUGCCAUCGAUUUGGAUCUCAGCUAUCAGCAAGCAUUUGUAUAUAUCCGUCAGUUGGCUAUCCAUCUACGUAAUGCUAUGCAGCUUAAGAAUAAGGAAAGCUACCAAACGAUCUACAACUGGCAAUUCGUGCACUGUAUCGAUUUCUGGUCCAAUGUCUUAGCAGCCAACUGCGCCGAUUCAAGCUCGCCACUCCACCCGCUGAUUUAUCCAUUGACUCAGGUUGCAUUGGGUGCUAUUCAAUUGGUGCCUACUGCACAGUAUUUCCCUGCUCGAUUCCAUAUCAUCCGGUCCAUGAUCACCCUGGGUCGUUCCACCAAGGUGUAUAUCCCACUUGCACCCUAUCUUAUGCAGUUGUUGGAGUCUCGUGAAUUGACAGCAGUGGCAAAACCUUCUACUCUCAAACCUAUCAUGUGGGAUAUCCAUUUGCGUGCACCAAAGCAGUAUCUUCAUGGUCGAGUAUACCAGGAUGGUAUCAUUGAGCAACUCUGUGAAUGCAUUAGCGAAUACUACAAGAGCUAUGCUUAUCAUAUUUCCUUCCCUGAAAUGGUCAUUCCUGGCAUUGUAGCUAUUAAGCGAUUUGUGAAAAAGAGAAACGCUACAAAGACCGCCAACAUUAAAGGGAACAAGAAGUUUUUGGAUGUUGCAUCCAAGCUUGAGCUCAAGGCCAACUUUGUUCUCACACAACGAUCCAAGAUUGAUUUCAGCCCGACAGACCAAGAACAAGUCUCAAAGUUUAUAGAUGACAUGCGACAAAAGUUACAAUAA